AUGCUAAUUGACCUUGAACACGAUGGGGCUAUGGACAAACGAUCCAUUGAUUCCACUCCUCAUCACAACCCCCAGACACAUACUCAUACUCUCAUGAAAAGCGUGACCAUUCAAGAAAAGUCGGGUGACAAUGCGCUGGGUCUCGAUAGGAGGAGGAGGGCUAAUCACAGUAGAGGAGAUAGUGCUAGUAGGAUAGUAGGCGAAUUCAGAACCUUAUCAAUAGACGUGACUGAAUCUCAACAAAGACCAACAGCCAAUCCUGCUCAAAAAGCUGUUGCUGCAAAAGAUAUUGCUGAGCUGGAAUGGCAUAAUCUCUCGGUGGAUGAAGUGCUUCAACGUCUGAGUGUCAAUCCCAAAGCUGGGCUGGAUGAGCAGCAAGUCAAAAGGAAAUUAAGCCAAUUCGGACCUAACGAGGUGAAGCCGCCAAAGGAUAAUCAGUUCAUGAAAUGGAUCAACUAUAUCUUUGGAGGAUUUGGUAGUCUCUUGAUGAUAGCCUCUGUCCUCUGCUUCAUUGCAUGGAAACCCCUUGGACAACCAAAUCCAGCAUUAGCGAAUCUCGCACUGGCUGUAGUUUUAUUGGUCGUCAACGCUGUUCAAACUGCAUUCAACGCAUGGCAAGACUAUUCCACUGGUCGAGUAAUGGCUUCCAUAUCUGGUCUUUUACCUUCAUCUGUUCUGGUCCUUCGUAAUUCAAGCAAAGCUCAUUUACCCGCCAAAGAACUUGUACCCGGAGAUAUCAUCUAUAUAUCUCUGGGUAAUAAGUUACCUGCCGAUAUUCGGUUUAUAGAUGUUUCCUCUGAUCUUAAGAUGGAUCGAAGUAUAUUAACCGGUGAAUCCGAACCAAUUCAAGCUUCAAUUGAUGUGACCGAUGAUAAUUUCUUGGAAACUAAGAAUAUCGGAUUACAAGGUACUUUAUGUGUUAGUGGUUCAGGAAUGGGUGUUGUCAUUCAAACCGGUGAUUUGACGGUCUUUGGACGAGUUGCCAAAUUAUCAGCUACAGGUGCACCAAGUCUCACAACUCUACAAAAAGAGAUUCUUAGAUUUGUUUUGGUGAUUGUCGCUCUUGCUUUGACUAUCGCUUUGAUCGUGGUAAUCCUCUGGGGCGCUUGGCUGAACAAGAAACAUAAAGGGUUCAUAAACACUCCAACACUCAUCAUCGAUGUUGUAUCUGUAUGUGUAGCUUUCAUCCCUGAAGGUCUACCAGCAAGUAUCACGAUAUCGCUUGCGGUAAUAGCCAAACGAUUAGCCAAGAACAAAGUACUGUGCAAAAGUCUCAUGACCGUAGAAACACUUGGUGCCGUUAAUGUACUUUGUUCAGAUAAGACUGGUACUUUAACCGAAAACAAAAUGACAGUUACCAAUAUCGCUGUCCUGCAAGAUGAAUGUGAUAUACAGCAAGGUAGAGACAGGAUUGUCUCAGGACAAGAUGAAGGAAAUGUCAUGGCACAAUUGGCAGCUGUCAUGGGUAUUUGCAAUGCCGCUUCGUUUGAUGAAAGUACCCUGGAUCAGCCAGUCUCGCUAAGACUGGUCAACGGUGAUGCUACAGAUUCUGCCAUCUUGCGAGGGGCAGAGCUAUUACGUCCUGUUGCGGAGUUCAUCAGUCCAUGGACAGAGGUGUUCAAGGUUAACUUCAACUCUAAGACAAAGUUUAUGCUCAAGUUAUGUCGUCCAGCAUCCUCUGAUUCGCCUGUUCGCCCUCUUCCUUGUGGACCAAACGACGUAUAUGGCUCGGAUGACUUGAUGCUCAUGUGCAAAGGUGCUCCAGAUGUCCUGCUCAAACGAUGUGCAUACAUCAAUGACCCAGCCGGCUCUUCGCCUCUGCCGUUAACAGAGGAUGUUCUAGCUCGUCUAACGGCGGUCCAAGAGAAAUGGGCAUCGAAAGGCCAACGAGUCCUUCUUUUGGCCAGGCGGAUGAUACCUCGAACUCUAAUUUCAAAGGAGUAUUCUUUCGAUCAACCUGAAUUUGCUGAUUUCGUCAACCAAGAAUUAAACCAACAGCUCACUGUAGUCGGUCUUGUUGGUCUUGUUGAUCCUUCACGGCACGAUAUCCCAGAAACAGUCCGUAUCAUGCGAGGCGCAGGCAUCAGAUUUUUCAUGGUUACAGGUGAUUUCGCUCUUACAGCCGUUGCAAUCGCGGAACAAUGUGGUAUCGUUUCUUCUUCAUCUCGAUUACAUCAUAUGAACGACCUUCCGCGUGCUCGGUCUUCUGAUCUCAUCGAACGUUUCGAUCCAGAGAAUCUAGAUGUCAACCCAAGUUUGGUUCUGACAGGAACGGAUCUGAUGGAAAUGUCAGAGUCUCAAUGGGAACAAGCAUGUCAAUAUCGUGAAAUAGUAUUUGCUCGUACGACACCUGAACAGAAAUUACGAAUCGUCAAAGAGCUUCAAAAGAGGGAAUAUGUCGUGGGUAUGACUGGAGAUGGUGUCAAUGAUGCUCCUUCACUCAAAGCCGCCGAUGUGGGUAUCGCUAUGGGUGGUGGAAGUGAUGUCGCUAUGGAAGCUGCGGAUCUCAUUUUACUCGAAUCUUUUUCAUCUAUCGUCGUGGCGGUUGAAUAUGGUCGUCUGGUUUUUGACAAUUUGAGAAAGACCUGUUUAUAUCUCUUACCUGCCGGUACAUUUUCUGAACUGAUGCCUAUCCUUCUGAACGUCCUGCUUGGUCUACCUCAGAUUCUGUCGAGUCUCCAAAUGAUCAUCAUCUCCGUAGUCACCGAUGUCCUUCCAGCCAUCUCAAUGUGUUUUGAGAAGCCUGAAGCUGGACUCCUGACUCGACCACCUAGAAACACGAAGAAAGAUCACUUGAUCAACUGGAGAUUUCUGCUUCACGCUUAUGGUUUUCUUGGAAUACCGGAAUGUCUUUGUGCAAUGAGUAUGGCUUUUUGGUAUUUACAAAAACAAGGAUUCAGGUUUUCUGACAUAGUAUUAGCAUAUAACGGAUUACCUCCUCAGUAUGACCCAGCUGCGUUUGCAGAGGCUGUUAAUCGGGCUCAAUCGAUCUACUUUUUCACCCUUGUGGGUAUGCAGACUGGUAAUCUGCUUGCUACUCGUACUAGACGAUUGAGUAUUCUCCAAGCGAAACCUUUCAAGUGGUCAGAUGAGAAUCGGAGAAACUACUGGACCAUACCAGCUGUAAUAGUGGCAUUAAGUUUCCUAUUUUUCUUCAGUUAUGUGCCGUUCUUCCAGCACACUUUCCUAACAAGAGGCGUCCCCAUCGAGCAUAUCCUGAUACCCUUCACUUUCGCUAUUGGUUUAUUACUUCUGGAUGAAUCUAGAAAAUACCUCGUAAGACGAUACCCGAGAGGCUUUUUGGCUAGGAUAGCUUGGUAA